UGAGCUGACAAGUACCACAGAGCUCCACCCUCAGCCCUAUGCCAGGCUUCUUAAGGAAACACGAGUAGUCAUCUGUAGGUGUUGCGGUCGGGCUUUGAAUAUGUUGAUAUUUUCUUGGUUUUGUGCCAUUUUAAUUAUGUUGGCUAUUGCUGGUGUGGAUACAGUAGCAAAGAGCACACCAGUGACCAGAUUUACGAAGAAAUCUGAGGGAAAAGAGAUGCUGAAGUCCCUGCAGUCCUCCAGUGGCGCCCCUCAGGAAGAAGAGGAGCACUCUCUUCCAGAAAUGGAUUUGCUUGCUAAACCCACUGCGGACCCCUCUGCCCUUGAUGCUGCCUUUGACACCACCACUCUCUUUCCCUUUGAAAACUUCUCUCUUGACACAGCUGAUUUCUUUUGGAAUUGCUGCCACUGUUGUUCACCUAUUGCUGGGCAGAAAGGAGAACCUGGAAAGAUUGGAAAACCAGGUCCUAAAGGAGAGGUUGGGGAUAUUGGUAAUCCAGGGAAACCAGGAAUCACUGGACCCCAAGGCCCAAAAGGCCAAAAAGGAGAGAAGGGACUAAAGGGCGAACGUGGAGACCAAGGGACAAGUGGGCUUCCGGGAUAUCCAGGGAAGCCUGGAGAACAAGGUGGACUUGGUCUUAAGGGGGAUAAAGGAAGCAUUGGCCUAGGAGGCACGAAGGGACAAAAAGGAUCCAAGGGAGACCCAUGCUGGAAUGGCACGAAAGGAGACAAAGGAGAUUCAGGGGCUGCGGGCUCCCCAGGCUCAAACGGAGGGCUUGGAGUCAAGGGAGAGAAAGGGGAUCCUGGAGAGAAAGGUUACUACGGAGAUACUGGGGCGAAGGGAGGAAAAGGGCAAAAAGGUGAGGAGGGGAUGAAGGGAGAAAAAGGUAGUAGAGGAGACCCUGGGGUAGAAGGCAAAGGAGGACAAGAUGGGCUACAGGGACCCAGAGGCGAUUCUGGAAUUAAAGGAGAAAAAGGAGAGACAGGUCCUCCUGGGCUCAUGGGUCCUGCUGGGCCGAAGGGUGAGCUUGGGAGCAAAGGGGUCCGUGGACCCAUUGGCAAGAAGGGCUCUCGGGGCUUCAAGGGUUCUAAGGGUGAGGUGACCAGAGUACCACAAUCUGCAUUUAGUGCUCUUUUGUCCAAGCCUUUCCCUCCUCCCAACACCCCCAUCAAAUUUGACAAAGUUCUCUAUAAUGACCAAGGGGAUUAUAGCCCUGUUACGGGGAAAUUUAACUGCAGUAUUCCGGGGACAUAUGUUUUUUCCUACCAUGUCACUGUUCGGGGCCGACCUGCUAGGAUCAGUUUGGUGGCCUGCAACAAAAAGCAGAUCAAAUCCAGAGAGACUCUCUAUGGCCAGGAGAUAGACCAGGCCUCACUCCUCCUCGUCCUGAAAUUAAAGGCAGGUGACCAAGUGUGGCUGGAAGUGUCCAAAGACUGGAAUGGGGUGUAUGUCAGCCCAGAGGAUGACAGCAUGUUUACCGGGUUUCUUCUGCACGCAGAGGAAACUCUUGGAAUAUCACCAUAA